UCCGUCAUCACCAGAUAACCAUGCCGGUCGACCUGUACUACGUACUGAGCUCCGGGCCCUGCCGAGCUUCCAUGCUGACAGCCAAGGCAGUAGGACUGGAGCUCAACCUCAAGCGCCUUGAUCUGUCUGCCAAGGAGCAGUUGAAGCCGGAGUUUUUAGCUAUCAACCCUCACCACACUGUUCCUACCCUGGUCGACGGAGAUUUUGUUCUUUGGGAAAGUCGUGCCAUCUGCACCUACCUGGCCUCCAAGUAUGGUAAGGACGACUCCCUGUACCCGAGAGACCUCCAGACUAGAGCCCAGGUUGAUAGGCUCCUCUACUUCGAUAUGGAAAAAUUUUUCCAACGCUUUGCUGAAUAUGCGUUUCCAGUCUUGUUCGGGUCACAAAAGGAGUUCGACCCUGCCAAGCUAGAGAGGCUUCACGAGGCACUGGGCUGGUUCAACGAUAUGCUGGAUGGCCACAACUGGGCUGUGGGUAACACACUCACUGUCGCCGACCACAUUCUGGCAGUCUCCGUGGAGACCUUCCGUGUUUUUGGAAUUGAUUUAAGCAAGUAUAAGAACAUCCUGCCGUGGCUGGCAAGAUGCAGCGACACGAUGCCUGGCUACAAGGAAAUAAACUUGAAGGGCUCUGAGGAACUCAAGAAUUUGUGCGCAAAGAAAAAGUAGCUCCUAAUUUUAGAAAGAAACACCGCAGAGAACUUGAGCGCAAAAUCUUGUGAAGCUCCACUAAAGAGUUCGAGGCUUCAUGAACCUCACUAGCUCCUGCAACAAGGAACUUUGAAUCUAUAUCUAAAACCUAUAAGUACUUGUUUUCAACUUGCCUGCAACAAGGAAAUUUCAGUUGGAACAUAAAAUAUAUAUGCUAUGUUACAUUUAACCUCAGCUUGUCGCGCGUUACCCUAAAAUGAAUGACUUUUAAUUAGUUCUGUGAUUAUGAUUAUUAUUAAAGAAAGGAAUUAAUAAAUUCUUCAAUAUUCAUGAACCUUACAAAUUGAUAUUUUGAAUUGCUAAGUGGGAGAUUAUUGAGACUUUAAUAUAAAAAAUUGAUAAUUAAAAGAUUAAUAAUGGGGAUAAUUUAUACAGAGGUAUAAAUUAUUCCACAUUGAUAAGGUCAACGAGAAUGGAGGCGAAGUUGGUAUGUCAUAGGAAUAUCAGGAAUGAUUUAUAGGCAGGAGGAAUGGAAACAGAAAUUAUAUGACUUCAGUUUCUUUUAAGGUUGUGAAAAAUUAAUUUGAGGUGUGAUGCACACACAAAGUCCAGAUAGUGAAGGUAUUUAAAUGUGAAAAUGUGGUUCUAAUUGGAGAUUUCAGAUUCAGUUAAACUGACUGGAGCAAUUUUACAAGAAACGUACAGUCUACUGACUUUACAGAAAUAGUCCAGGAUUUUUAUUUUACAACAAUUUGUAAGAAAACCAACUCGAGCAAAUAAUUUACUGGCCUUGACUCUGGGUGACGAGGAAUAUUUGAUAAACUCUCUAGAUAUGUAUGGAGGAAGUUUUCACAAAUCAACAAGUUUCAAUAUUUCAUGGAGCCACCUAAAAACGGUAAUAAAUUACAUGUUACUGAUUUUGGUGGCGCAGAAUAUAUUGGGAUAAGAUAAAUUAUCAGAAGGGAGACCCGAGAGGUGGGGUGAUGAUUGCCAAUACAACAUUUUCCAGAACAUCGUGCAAGCAGCUAAGUGCUCGUAUAUUCCUGAUAGAGAGAAAAAGAUCAAACAUAAAUGGGUGAAAAGUGAGGCAUUUACAGUCUAAUCGAAAGCGGCAAGGGUCACCUUGUGGAUUAUUAUUUUAAUUUUAAGAAAUAAACCAAAAAAGAAUAAGAAAGACUAAAAGAGAUUUUGAACUUAAGGUUGAGAGAAAAUCAAAGACCAACACAAAGGACUUCUUUCAGGUACGUGGGAACAAGGAUGAACUCUUUAUUCCUAAAGUUUCGCCUACACAGCAGGCUUUAUCUACGAAUACAGAUGUUGCAAAUAUGAAAACAGCAGCAGUAAAAGAGGUUAAGAUGA